AUGCCCUACAUAUCUUACAAUGCAUUUAUUUUACUUCUCUUUUUUCAGGACUCAAACAAGACAAUCCAGUUAAAUGCUUUUCAGGUGUUCCAGCUAUUUGUCGCUAAUCAAAAUAAGCCUGCUGAGAUAGUCAGCAUACUCAUCACAAAUAGAGGCAAGCUCCUCCGGUUCUUUGGUGACUUCAAGUUUGAUAAAGUGGAUGAAGUAUUUGAAGCAGACAAAGCUCAAGUUGUCAAAGAAAUUGCGAUGCUUGAGCCCACAAACAAUCCGUGCGCAGAUUUAGACAAAUGUGACAUUCCUUGUUAACAGGCAUGUAAACUAAUUUUAUUUAUUUUUGGUGUUAAAAUUCAAUGUAUAAAGAGAAAAUAGAAAAUUGUAUUACUGAUUGAUUGUAUUGAUUAUAAGAUUUAUUAAUUACAAUUCCUAUACAAUCUAUAUAUAGAAGAAAAUGUGGUAGUAGGUGUAGUGGAGGUGAUAGUGGGUUAGGUGAAGUGGAGUGUGUGGUGAAGUGGAGGUAGGUGAAGGUAAAGAUGGGAAAUUCUAACAUGUAGCAUAAGAAAAUGUGCGUACUGGACAAAGGGCAAGAGUACAAAGUUCAUUUUACUCUUUUACCUGUUAUACACAACAAAAUCCCACCCAAGGACAUCCAACCUCCCCUUUGAGUCUUCUUCAAAAACUUGUACAUGUAAUAAGGAGAGAGCGCUUUGUAAACAUGGGGGUUCCAGUGGACGAUAUUGUAUACACCAAUGGCGCUGAUGCAUAAUAGCCAUGUUAUCACAACGGGUGCAAAAAGAAAUCCUAUUCUGUGGGUCCCGUAAUGUUGGAGCGCAAACAAGAAUACCAGUAUGAUACAUGUAACCGGGACUUCUACAUCUGCAGAAUCGAUUUGACCACAACUAAGAUAACCAACUUCAUAUGAGUAAUCAUCAACUACAAUGCUUUAAAAAAUAAAAAUAAAAAUAAAAAU